AUGAAAAGAUUACUGUCCGCUUUUAAGCGGCCAGACAAAGAAGAAAGGGAAUCUAUACUGGAAGGAUCUGAAUCAGGGAAAUAUCAAAAGUACAUCAGUAUUAACAGCGAUGCAUCUGGAUCAAGUACUUCUUCUGAAGAGUCCUCUACAGUCACCUGUCCAACCUGCAGAGGGAUAGGGAGGAUUCCCCGAGGCCAAGAAAAGGAGUUAGUAGCUUUGAUUCCAUACAGUGACCAGAGGCUACAACCACGGAGAACGAAGUUAUAUGUGACCUUGGCUGUCUGCAUCUGUCUGCUGAUAUUUUUCCUUGUUGUAUUGUUCCUGUAUCCACGUUCUGUCACUCUGGAUCAUGCAGGGGUGAAUUCAUCAUUUGUUACCCACGAUGCUUCCAGUUCAACUGUGAACCUCGAAACCACGAAUAAACUGAAUAUAAGUAAUAGAAACAUGUUUGGGAUAACAGUUCUGAACCUCAACGUUGAGCUUCUACACAUGUCUGCUGUAGUCGGUACUCUCAACCUGAAAGAAAAUAAAAUGGUUGGCCCCCACUGGUAAACAACCAGAUAUUAUAUACUGUGAAGAGUACAAUCCAAGACACAAACACAUUUAAGGUCUGCACCUGGGAACAGAUCAAAGUCCACAACAUUCUGCUUAUUGUACAAGGUUCUCUGAAAUUCUCAUACCUUGGUCAUGUGGAACAGAUACAAUUUUCUGGAAAUGAGUACCUAGACUGUAAAAGCAAUACCACAAUGCCCCACUAA